CCUCUCUCUCUCGACAUCAUUCACAUUCUCGCACAAAGCAAAUCACAAAAGAGUAAGAUUCUUUCUCUAUCAACAGCAAAUGGCUCGUACCAAGCAAACCGCGAGAAAAUCCACCGGAGGAAAGGCUCCGAGGAAGCAGCUGGCGACGAAAGCGGCGAGGAAAUCGGCUCCGGCGACCGGAGGAGUGAAGAAGCCGCACAGAUUCCGUCCCGGAACGGUGGCGUUGAGGGAGAUCAGGAAGUACCAGAAGAGCACCGAGCUUCUGAUCCGCAAGCUUCCCUUCCAGCGUCUUGUCCGUGAGAUCGCUCAGGAUUUCAAGACGGAUCUGAGGUUCCAGAGCAGCGCCGUCGCGGCUCUUCAGGAAGCGGCGGAGGCUUACCUCGUCGGGUUGUUCGAGGACACGAAUCUGUGUGCGAUUCACGCCAAGAGGGUCACCAUCAUGCCUAAGGACAUCCAGCUUGCAAGAAGAAUCAGGGGUGAGAGGGCUAUUUCAGGAAACUCCCUCCAACUUCAUUCUUUUUCCAACUCACCGCCAAUUUCUCUCUCUUAUAAAAAUCAACACAUCUUCAACCUUUGUUCUUCACUACUUAACUUUCUUUCGCAUUUGCAUUCUCAUUCUCUAGACUGUUCGUAGUGAUUCUUUGAUCUCGAUAUGGCUCGUACCAAGCAAACCGCUAGGAAAUCCACCGGAGGCAAAGCACCAAGGAAGCAGCUCGCGACGAAAGCCGCAAGAAAAUCCGCUCCGGCCACCGGCGGAGUGAAGAAGCCGCACAGAUUCCGUCCCGGAACGGUGGCGUUGAGGGAGAUCAGGAAGUACCAGAAGAGCACGGAGCUUCUGAUCCGCAAGCUCCCCUUCCAGCGUCUUGUCCGUGAGAUCGCUCAGGAUUUCAAAACCGAUCUGAGGUUCCAGAGCAGCGCCGUCGCAGCUCUUCAGGAGGCAGCCGAAGCUUACCUUGUUGGGUUGUUCGAAGACACGAAUCUCUGCGCAAUUCACGCCAAAAGAGUAACAAUCAUGCCAAAGGAUAUCCAGCUGGCAAGAAGAAUCAGAGGCGAAAGAGCUUGAGAGAAUCUUAUGCUAUCUAUCAAUCUGUUUCUUGGAUUUUAAUUAGUCUUUAGUUCGAUGCUGUACGACGAAAUGUCUCAGUGAGAAUUGUUCUUGUUUAAUUUAA